AUGGCUUUGGACACUACGUAUGGCGCCAUCGUUAUUGGCCUAGUGGUUAGCGCUGUCCUAUACGGCGUCACUUUAUUGCAAACCUUCUUUUACUUCAAGCAAUAUGGCGACGAUUCAAAGCGCAUCAAGUUUAUGGUUGCCUUCCUGUGGUUCCUUGACACAUUGCAUCUACUCUUCUGCACGAUCACGAUAUACACAUACCUGGUAUCUGGCUUCGGAGACUUCGAGGCUCUUGGAAAGUCAAUAUGGAGUAUGAAUCUGCAAACGGAUUGCAACGGUUUAAUUGGGCUCAUCGUUGAAUGCUACUUUGCCCGACGGUUAUGGAUAAUGUCAAGAAAUGUCUACCUGACGGUCCUCAUUGUCAUCCUGGCCUGUAUUCACUUUAGUCUGGGAGUUUAUUUCACGGUUCAAGGAUUCAUUAUCGUGGACACGAGCAGAUUCCCUAGUCUCAUUUGGGUGACAAGUACUGGACUUGGAAGCGCCGCCGCAGCCGACAUUAUCAUUGCCAUCGCUAUGUGCUACUACCUCAUGAAGAGCCGCACCGGGUUCGCUCGCACCGACUCUCUCAUCACAACUCUCAUGGGAUACAGCUUAACCACAGGCCUCAUCACAAGCAUCGUGGCAUUCAUCUCUGUCAUGACGUUCGCGACGAUGCCGACGAACUAUAUCUGGCUCGGCUUCUUCUGGAUCAUCGGAAAGUGCUAUGUCAAUUCAGUAAUGGCAGCACUGAACAGCCGCGACUCCCUGCGCGAACAAGUUAACCCGCAGGACGGAACUCUCUUCCAGUUGACGCCAUUUAGACAGAUGGGGUCGAACCAUCAGCCGCAGCUCGAGCAGGAGAUCGUAAAGGAUGACAAGGAGGGUGGCUACUUGGACCCAGGCCAGGCACUUGCUGUGAACGUCAAAACACAGACCGUCACGAAAACCGACUUUGAUUAUAUAAUCUCACCGUCACCGUCGCCUGAAAAAUACUGA